GGCUGCUUACUUGGUUGUACGGAUUUACCCAUAGCAGUUGUUAGCUGUCAAACGCGGAUCUUCAGUGUGUAAUAUUACGAAGGAAUAGUUCAGUAUAGUUUGGGCUCUUUUAGUUGAUAGCAUAUAUCCACUGGCACCUUUUGCUUCACUGAUAACACGCUUAACUAAAGGCUUAUUUUCCUUGACAGCUGCGUCGCGUAUAGUCAGAGUCAGCUGGACUGAAGCCAUGGCCUCGGCUUUUGUCGUCGGGGAUAUAUUCAGAAAUAAGGUUACGGAGCUAUUAGAAAAAACUGACUCACCUCUGCCACCGCGAUUGAGAGAAGAACUGGAGGAGACUCUUAAAAAAGCAGAACCAACAACCCUAUCGUUCAGUACAGCAAGAAAACUCAAGAAGUACCUCCAGGAUGCAGGCCAUCCUUUCUACCUACAUGAGUUGUUAGAGGAUAGCUCCCUGCACCUGCCUGAGGUUGUGAAGCCUCCCAGAAACCCGGAGCUAGUGGCACGUCUUGAGAAGAUCAAAGCCAAACUAGCCAACGAGGAAUACAACAGAAUCACACGCAAUGUCAACACUCAGGAAAUCAGCCGCAGUGGGACAUUAGCAGAUUUUGGACUCCAAGUGCGAUCAGUCAAAGCAGUGGCGGUGACCAUAUUCAACUUCCUGGUCACAGUGGUUGCUGCUUUUGCAUGUUCGUACAUGGGAAGUCAGUACCUGUUCACUGACACCGCAGCACGAGUCAUAUCAGCUGUGAUCGCUGCUUCUGUAGUCGGGCUCGCUGAGCUGUAUGUGCUGGUCCGGACCAUGGAGGGAGAACUAGGGGAACCAUAGAAUCAAAACCACUGAACUGUAGCGGCCCUCAAAGCAGAACACGGGUGACCCCACCAAGCCUCCUGAUUCAGAAGGGACAUUUCACUCUGCCAUGACACUUUGUGGACUUUUUGCUUUGUAUUUGACUGGAAAAUUGCUGUAAUAUUUAUAUAAGGUUACUGAGAAUUUAGAAAUCAGGGACAGUCGUAACACGAAAUGGAAGCUUGAACAUCACAAGAAUGAAAAUUGGUUCAAAUGAACCCUGUUCUUUGAUUUUGUCAAAUAUGACUGUUUUAAAUGGCAUUCCACCUCUCCCAGCAUCAAAAUAUGGUUGAUAUGACUGAUUUAUUUGCAGCUGUUUUGUGUUUCCUAUUUUUCCUAAAACUCCAACUUCUAGUUUUUCUCCCUCCUCCUCGUCUCCUUCUCACUGCACUAUAAAAAUAAAUGUUAAUAUACCCAGAUGUUAUCAUAUUUUUGUCAUCAAUAACAUGAUCAGCACUCACUAAAGCUAAGUCAUAAAGCUGAUGAUGCACCUACUCUUU